CUUAACGGUCUUUCUUCUAGACGGGAGUCAGAAAGAAGAAACCAUUCACUAGCUCGGCAUGCAGACAUCCUUGCUGCUGUGGAAACGAGACUCUCUCUGUUAAACAUGACUUUCAUGAAGUAUGUGGAUUCCAAUCUCUGUUGCUUCAUACCUGGAAAGGUAAUAGAUGAAAUUUAUCGUGUGCUAAGGUAUGUAAACUCUACAAGAGCUCCUCAGAGAGCUCAUGAAGUUCUUCAAGAACUAAGGGACAUUUCCUCCAUGGCUAUGGAAUACUUUGAUGAGAAGAUUGUUCCAAUACUGAAAAGAAAGAUGCCUGGGUCAGAUGUAUCGGGACGUCUGAUAGGAACUGCCCCAGUUCCAGGGCCUUCUGCAGCGCUGACAACAAUGCAGCUGUUCUCCAAGCAGAACCCUUCCAGGCAGGAGGUCACCAAACUCCAGCAGCAAGUAAAAGCCAACGGCACGGGCCUGACAGCGCUAAAGCGGGAAAUCUCAGAGCUUCGCGUCAAAGUGCAAGAGCAACAGAAACAGCUCCAAGAUCAAGACCAGAAACUGCUUGAGCAAACCCAAAUCAUAGGUGAACAGAAUGCCCGAUUGGCUGAGCUUGAACGCAAGCUGCGAGAGGUGAUGGAGAGUACAGUAGGAAAUUCUUCAGGUUCCGGCUCAAAUGAACAAUCUCCAAGAAAACGGAGGAAGGCAGUUGAAUCCACAGACUGUCGUAGGAAAUCUAAACGCCUUCGAAGCAGGAAAUAACUUGGGAGUAAAUGACACCUUCAGGAGGAAACACUGCUUGAGUAGCCUAAGCAGGUCUACUUGUUUGGAUACUGUGACUAGCUUCAUGGUGUCACUUAGGCUGCCGGCUCUUCAAAACACCACUUAGACUUGAACAGUAAUUUUCUUUCAUUGAGACUUUUCCCCUGCUUUCUGUAUGGGUGGGCCUAAUGCACAGAAUCUUUAAGAUCUGCAAUAGUUAUGUACUAAUCAGACCUGCUCUGUUAUGUUUUGAAAGGUUAAUUUUUUUUCUGUGCAGAUGUGUUUAAAGUAAACUUAUUUGUGUUUACGCAUAUGUUCACAUAAAAUCUUAAAUAAAUUCAGUCUUAACUGACUAAAAAGUUAAGCGUAAAAACAGAUGUCCUGUUCACUUGAAGGAAAGAUCCACUUUUAAGAUCUUGUUUUAGAGAACUUGACCUUUUUUGUUACAAGUGACCUUGUCUGGAAUGUCUGAAAAGUAGUUAAUGCUUUUUGGGUAUCUCUGUAAUGAGUAAAACUGACUUCUUAAGCUACAGUAUUGGCUAUAUAUUUUUGUAAACCUACAAGGAAGGGCCUUCUGUCCAGUCUUCAUGUGCACACACCUGGUUCUAGGUCUUGGG